AAUCAAGGAAACUCAAAAUCAUUGAAGAGGUUGAACAAAUUAGAAACAAGAUUAUUGAGAAGAAUAAAAAAUCAAAUAGUGUUAGUAUACUAUAAUCAGAUAAUGAAUAAGAGAAAUCAGGAGGCAUAAAUUAAUGAAAGGAAGAUUGAAGAGGUUGCUGAAAAAAACGAAAAACACAACGGAUCUAUACUAGUCGACGAACAAGAUUGAGGAGAGAUUGAGUAUUCUUUGAAAAUUAAAGAAAAAGAAGCCAAUUCAGAAAAAUUCAAAGAAUCUGAAAAAAUUAAGAUAUGUUGUAUUGUUGCAGAGGCUCUCCUAGAGUAAAGAGAUUACAAACUCUGGCAUGGUGUUCGUAUAUUGGUCGGAAGAUUUGUAGUGAGACCAAAAUUAGGGUUUAGAAGAAGAAGAAAGAAGAGAAACAAGAAAGACGAGAAGGGAGAGGACAAAAGGGAGGAACAUACGUGGUGGUUGGCCGAAAAAUUUGUUUUUGGUUAUAGGUUGUGUCCAAAAUACAUGAUCUAGUAUAAGGCAGAAAAGUGAAAAUGGAAGAAGUUGAUGUUAGUCGUGUGAAGUCAGAAGAAGAAUUCAAUGGAUCUUUAAUGCAACAUGCAGAUAACUACUCUUCUUAUCUGGCCCCUCCUGGGUGGGAUGUCCGACCUAGAGCACAAGAAUCUAACAAUAAUAGUUCUAAUCCUUUAAGCACUCACAAAGACAGGACCAGUAUAUUAGAAACAAUGGAAACUCCUGUUAUAGAUAUGGAUUUCUCUGCAUCACCUAUAUGUCCAGCGCCAAUAUGUCGACAAUUUUGGAAGGCUGGAAACUAUGAAGAUAUCCUUACGUCUAAAUCUCAAGUUCAAAUUGGGAAUAAUUAUCUGCAUGUUCACCCCAAGUUCCUUCACUCAAAUGCAACUUCUCAUAAGUGGGCUUUUGGAGCUGUUGCCGAACUUCUUGACAAUGCAAUCGAUGAGGUACAAAACGGAGCCUCUUUUGUAAUUUUAGAUAAGAUUUCAAAUCCAAGGGAUGGAUCUCCUGCUUUGUUGACUCAAGAUGAUGGAGGUGGAAUGGAUGCAGAAGCAAUUCGGCGUUGUAUGAGUUUUGGUUUUUCAGACAAAAACUCUAAAUCAACAAUAGGACGCUAUGGGAAUGGAUUCAAGACCAGUACCAUGAGACUUGGAGCUGAUGUUAUAGUCUUCAGUCGGCAUUUGAACAACAGGACCUUGACUCAAAGCAUUGGUCUCUUGUCCUACACUUAUUUGUCACGAACGGGUCUAGAUAGGAUAGUUGUACCUAUGGUCGAUUAUGAGUACAAUGUUUCAACUAAUACCUUUCAACCUCUACAUCGCCACAACGAAGAGUAUAUUAAGUCAAACUUAUCCGUUAUUUUGCAAUGGUCACCAUAUCAAACUGAAGUUGAGCUAAUGAAGCAGUUUGAAGACAUUGGGUCACAUGGAACCAAAAUUAUAAUUUUCAACUUAUGGUUUGCUGAUGACGGGACAUUAGAGUUUGAUUUUGACAGUGAUCCUGAGGAUAUUCGCCUGCGAAAAUCUGAUGAUUCUAUGAAAAUUCGAUCAAAUAUGUUGAAAAGUGAAGAGCACAUUGGCAACCAAUAUCGUUACUCCCUCCGUGCAUACUUGUCCAUCUUGUAUUUGCGAAUUCCACAAUAUUUCUGUAUCAUAUUGCGUGGGAAGGUUGUGGAGCAUCACAUUAUAGCACAUGAUCUCAAAUAUCAGGAGUUCAUCAUGUACAGACCUCAAAUUGGGGGUUACAAGGAGGAAAUAAUGACUACAAUAGGCUUUUUGAAGGAAGCCCCCAAUGUCUAUAUCCAUGGCUUCAAUGUCUACCAUAAGAACCGUCUUAUACUGUGCCGCUUUAGGCUGAUGAUCCUAUAUGCUUACAUUUUUAUGCAGCCAUUUUGGCAAGUCGUGAGCUAUUUGAACAGUAAAGGAAGAGGGGUUGUAGGGGUGUUGGAAGCAAACUUUGUUGAGCCUACUCACAAUAAACAAGAUUUUGAGAGGACUUCGCUUUUCCAAAAGCUUGAAACUAGGUUGAAGGAAAUGACUUUGGAGUAUUGGGAUUACCACUGUGGGCUUAUUGGGUAUCACGUUCAAAAGAAGGUUCCAUCGCGUGUAGCCUCACUUGCAUCAUUCUGUGACGGUUCCAAUAUUCCUAGACCUAUAAGUGUGGAUAAAAGUUCAAAACUAAGUCCAUCACUAGUUGGUCGGGCUGAUCCUAUGUUUAAUUUAUCUGCUAGAGAUCUUUUAGCUGUUCAAAAGAGCAUCCAGCGGGAGUCUGGAGCUAAGACGUUGCAAGACGUUCUUUUGCCUGCUCUUGGAAGGAGAAGAAGGACAAGCAGAUUAGAACCUAAGGGUCCAUGUGGUGGGUUUACUAUGGAAAUUCAGCAGCCUCUAGCUUUUUCGGCAAUGCCAUCGAAUCAACAAGAGGCUAUGGCGGUGAGACAGGAUCACAAAAAGCUUCGAGAAAAUUUCAGAUGUUUAGAUAAUGAGAAAUCUGAGGAAGCUCUCAAGUACAAGGUAUCACAACUUUUAAAGGAGCUACAAGAUGCACGGUUACAUUAUAAGAAGAUGUUGGUGGAGCUUGAGGCACUUGAACAUGUCAAGGCUGAAAACACUGGACCUCACUGAACCAUCGGUAAUGGACCAGACGAGGAGACAGGAGUCGCUGUUUGUCUAGCAUUAGCUCAAUGCCGAACUAAGACAAAGCUUGCUAAGUUAGAAGCCUUUUUAUACUCAUUGCGCAAGGGAUUCUACCGAGCUAUAUCUGACCUUGCUGAAGAGAGUGAGCGCUUGCAAAGUUGAGGCCAGUUAUGAUGGGAUUGAACGAGGCUAUAUCUAAUCUUGUGUAUAGCGUUGCAAACCACAAUGUAAAACUAGAUCAAGUAUUGCUUUUUAGACUUGUGCAACGGGCUAGAUAUAGCCUUAGCCGGUCCAAAUAUAAGCCGCAUGGUUUAGAUUGGACCAUCUAAAGGAAAAGGCUUGAUAGUCCAAUCUAAAGGAAAAGGCUUGAUAGUUCAACCUAUUCAACUUGUUUUGACUUUGACUUGUAUAUAAUCAUCACUUCUCAAAUAUUGUAACCUACACCAUUUUUAUACAAAAUCAUAUUUGAAAAC